AUGACCACCCAAGGCCCUUCCGCUCUCCCUCCAACUAUCGUCCACAGCAGCAAGACAAUCAGCCAAUCCGCCGCGCAUGACUUCCUGACCGCAUACCUGGACCGCGCGGCCAACGACCCCGCCCUCCAGCCAAAUGCCAGCAUCAGCGAACAUGGCCCGGUCUCGCGCACGACUGCCGCCGCGCCCAACCUUAUCCUCCAUAAUCUGAAGCGCGUGCAAGCGGGUCUGGCUGGUGAGAUCCUCGGCCAGGAUCUGACUGUUGCUAAGCAGAACCCCAAUGAGACCUUCCUUGAUGUUGCGGCUGGUGCAGUGACGAAUGGAAAUGAGGAGGUGGAUGGUGAUGAGCAGGACCAUGAUAUGGAGGAGUUUGAAGCUGAGGCUGAGGCUUUCCAGGAGCAGGAGCUGUCGCAGGCUGAUGUUGAUAAGGAGGAGCGGAAAAAGAAAAAGAAGGAGAGACGAUUGGCUGAGAAGAAGGCCAGGGCUACUAAGACGGAGUGA